GCGAUAUGAGGAUUAUAAGAAACACCUUGUGGAUCAUUCAACGAUGAUGCUCACUCUCGCUGGACGGGUCACUCAGACUAAGCAGAUUGUGGCCAAACGCUUCAACUUCAGAAUGUGCACUCCAGAUCUUGUUAUUACUCCUGGAUGUGACUGUGCUGUGGGCAAAGAAGUGCCAAUAAAAAUCACAUUCCAGAACCCACUGCCCUGCGUGCUGAAGAAUGCAAUUUUCCGUAUAGAGGGACUGGGAAUGAAGCACUGCAGAUCGAUUAACUAUGGUGACAUUGCAAGCCUGGCCACAGUGAACCUGACCGAGACAUUUAUUCCUAAGUGUUCCGGCCCUUACAAACUUCUGGCUUCGCUUGAUUGUCCUCAGCUGACUCAGGUGCAUGGAUUCACCGAUGUUGUUGUCAAAGAAAAGUGAACAAUCUCUCAAAUAAGC